AGGAGGUUUGAGUGAUCGGUCUAUGCGUGCAGCGGAUGUUAGCUUUGAGAAAACUAGAGGACUUGUUCGAGGCAACCGGCGCUCACAUGAUGUACACAAUCACACGAGGGCCCAGUAAACUUGUUACACAACGGCGGACAGGUCCUACGCAGCAGGUCGAGACUAAGCUCAGCGACUUGAAGCUCAGGCCGACCGCUUGGCCCCUGACAACCUCUCAGCCAGCCAAGAUCGUCUUCAACCGCCUCAACGUUAAGCGCCAGCACAGCGCAGCCCUGCAGAAGGUCAGCAGCCCGACAGAGGGAUUCACUCCCGCACACGAGGAAAACGUCAGGUUCGUGUAUGAAGCAUGGCAGGAGGUGGAGCAGAAGCUGGGAGACGGUGACAAUGGGCAGUUGAAUAAUAACCAGGGGCCCGUUCAGUAUAGAGAAAGUACCCCCAGUGCUGCGAUGAAGAGUGAGUAUCUACAGACUUUGUGCCCAUUGACUUAGAGGAGUGGUGGGCUCAGCGCUUUCUUGCCAACAUUGCCAACCUGUCGUGACUUGGAGCCAGGACAGGAUCCCCCACAUUGAUACUCCAUCAGCAAAGGCAUCACACAAGUGGAGAGGAGCACAGUCCGUGAUACAAAGGGGUUGGGCAAAAUCGGAAAUCAUGCCCUGUGCUUCAAGCUGAUGUAGGAAAAAUAGAAGGCAUGACACAAAGCCACCGCGUACACAGCAAAAGUGACAUGACUGUAGACUCUGAGCAGGGUGGAGCUGCCAUGAAUAACCUGUCUCUCUCUCGCGCCUUCUGAUAGGAUGAGUUGUUUGAUAGAGUUGGAGAUUUUUAUCCUUUUAAAGAUGUGUGUAGGUCUUGGGCGAUCUUUGGAUAUAAAACAACUAAAGAACAAAAAAAGUAAAAGAAUUUUCAAAAUU